UUAACACUAGCGACAAAUUAAACAAUCAAGCAUUAACGGAAAAAGAAUGACUUAAAAUGUCGAAAGUACCCCUAAUCCGCCAUUGACAACCGACACAAAUAAAAGCCUUCUAUUUCACACUCUCUUUGUCUCCACUCAAAAAUGUCAUCACUGCGUCCGCGUUUGCGUUUAUCUCUGCUUCUACUCUUUCCAAUCGCGGUUACCUGCGUCGCAUUCGCUCUCACUACUAAUGACCUCCCCGCGUUUCGCGAAGCUCCGGCGUUUCGAAACGGCAGAGAAUGCUCCAAAACGACAUGGUCACCGUCGGAUCGCGAACACAACCCUUCCCUCAUCCACAUAGCAAUGACUCUCGACGCCAUUUACCUCCGUGGCUCAGUCGCCGGAGUCUUCUCCGUUCUACAACACGCUUCUUGUCCUGAAAACGUUGUUUUCCACUUCAUCGCUACUCACCGCCGUAGCCCCGAUCUCCGCCGCAUAAUCUCCUCAACGUUCCCUUACCUAACUUAUCACAUUUACCAUUUUGACCCUAACCUCGUUCGCAGCAAAAUCUCCUCCUCGAUCCGCCGUGCUUUGGACCAGCCUUUAAACUACGCUCGGAUCUACCUCGCCGAUCUCCUCCCUAUCGCCGUGCGCCGCGUCAUCUACUUCGACUCCGAUCUCGUAGUCGUCGACGACGUGGCCAAGCUAUGGAGAAUCGAUCUGCGUCGUCACGUCGUCGGAGCUCCGGAGUAUUGUCACGCGAACUUCACUAACUACUUCACUUCAAGAUUCUGGUCGAGUCAAGGCUACAAGUCGGCGUUGAAGGGACGUAAGCCGUGUUACUUUAACACCGGAGUGAUGGUGAUCGAUCUUGGGAAAUGGAGAGAAGGGAGAGUCACGGCGAAGCUUGAGACGUGGAUGAGGAUACAGAAACGACAUCGUAUUUACGAGUUGGGGUCUUUGCCUCCGUUUCUGCUUGUUUUCGCCGGAGAUGUUGAGCCGGUGGAGCAUAGGUGGAACCAGCAUGGUCUCGGCGGUGAUAACUUGGAGGGGCUUUGCCGGAAUCUGCAUCCGGGUCCGGUGAGUUUGUUGCAUUGGAGCGGGAAAGGGAAGCCAUGGCUAAGGCUUGACUCGAGACGGCCUUGUCCGUUGGAUUCGUUAUGGGCUCCUUAUGAUCUGUUUCGUUACUCACCGUUGAUCUCUGAUAGCUGAUGAUGGUCAAAUUACAUAUCGGACGGUGGAGGAGGUAGAAGGAGACAUGGACGUGUUUUGCCGAACGUCGAUGAAAGCCACCUGGCAGAUGAUCGAAGAUACGUUUUAUCUAACGGUGGCAGCCAAGUGGAAUCAAAAGAGAAGAAAAGUCAAAGAAGAGAGUUUGUUAGAUUCUGCAACUAGUUGUCUUUGAUGUGUAAGAACUAGAGUUAUGUAACGAUGGGUUACAAUAAGAUGUGUCUCUUUUUUUAUUGUUUACUUCACUUUAUAAUUCAUUUUUGUAGUUCGAAGAAUCAAAACAUUGUACUUGACAGUUUACAAUAUUGGUUUAAAUUACCAAAAAUGAA